AGCUAAUUACCUCUCGGUCUCAUAGUCUAACACACGGUUUAUAUUAUUAUUGGUCUAAUUUACACAAUUCUUUCUCAAGUUCAUGUAUAAAUCACUAAAUCAAUUGAAAGGUGAUCAAGCUCUCAAUGCAUUAAGUUCAAUAAUAUAAACUCGUCAUGCAAAUAACCAAUAAAUCUUGAAUUAAACUAGCAAAAACAGUCACAUACUUCAAAAAUUAAAAUCCACCCAUCCCUAGUUCAAAGAAACCUAGCCACACAUGUUUAUGUUCUCAACAGCCAUGAAAAAUAAAUCCCAACAGAAAAUCAUAAUAAAAAGAAAUCAGAAACAACAAAACCCAAACGGAGAAUUGCAGUUUGCCGAAUGAUGUGCUGUGGUCGGGAUCUCCCAAGAAGGCUGGGCGGUAGUGUGGCUGGGCAGAGAAGAGCAAGGCUGGGCGGUGAAGAGCAAGGCUGGGCGGCGGAGAUUUCUCUUCUGUUGCUAGUGAACAACAGAGGCGGGUGCUGGGAUUUUGGGGGGCUGGGUGCUCUUGACCUUGCGCAGCCUUCUUGGGAGAUCCCUAACAAGUGUACUAGUCGCUCCAAGUAAUAUAAUGAUGAGAAGAGUGUCGAACCCACGAGGAUUGUGUCUAACUAAGUACCAAAAUAAUUAAUCUAAAUUUAUUUG